CAAUCCCCAUAAUUCAUUGUGUUUCCUGUGCAUGAGUAAGGAUUUUGCAUGUUUAGUGGAUUGACUGUAACAGUGUUUGUUAUUCAGGAUGGAUCGAUUGUUACGACUUGGUGGGGGAAUGCCCAGUCUUGGUCAGAGUGCACCUCCAUCAGAUGCACCGGUAGUAGACACUGCUGAGCAGGUGUACAUCUCAUCUCUGGCACUACUGAAGAUGCUGAAACAUGGAAGGGCAGGAGUGCCAAUGGAAGUGAUGGGACUUAUGUUAGGAGAGUUUGUGGAUGAUUACACUGUAAGAGUCAUAGAUGUCUUUGCAAUGCCACAGUCAGGCACAGGUGUGAGCGUAGAAGCAGUGGACCCAGUUUUUCAAGCAAAAAUGUUGGAUAUGCUAAAGCAGACUGGGAGGCCAGAAAUGGUUGUUGGGUGGUAUCACUCUCACCCAGGCUUUGGCUGCUGGUUGUCGGGUGUGGAUAUCAACACUCAGCAGAGCUUUGAGGCCCUGUCAGAACGUGCUGUAGCAGUUGUUGUUGAUCCCAUUCAGAGCGUCAAAGGAAAGGUGGUGAUUGAUGCUUUCCGACUUAUCAACCCAAAUAUGAUGGUACUGGGUCAAGAACCCCGACAAACAACAUCCAAUCUUGGUCACCUCAAUAAACCCUCUAUACAGGCAUUGAUACAUGGCCUCAAUCGGCACUACUAUUCGCUGGCAAUCAACUACAGAAAAAAUGAAUUAGAGCAGAAGAUGCUGCUGAACCUGAACAAAAAAAGCUGGGUGGAUGGCUUGGCACUGCAGGAUUAUCGCCAACAUUGCAGCCUGAAUGAGAAGACUGUAGGUGACAUGCUUGAUCUUGCCAAAAACUAUCACAAGGCUUUAGAAGAAGAGGAAACCAUGACACCAGAACAACUCGCCAUAAAAAAUGUUGGCAAACAGGACCCCAAGCGUCACUUGGAAGAACACGUAGAUGUGAUGAUGACAAAGAACAUUGUCCAGUGUUUAGGCGCUAUGCUACACACUGUUGUUUUUAAGUAAAGUUUAGUUCUGCAGCAGCAACAUCAUCAUAAGACAUCCAGCUUCAUGCUCUCAUCAGCUGCAGAAGUAGGAUAUUCAAAGGACAGAGCAGAGUUUUGAGGAAGUGCAGCUGAAAGCCAUCACAAGAAAAUAAAUAUUUUGAGUCAUGUCGAGGUCUGGAUUUGUGAGAAUCUGUAUUUAGGUAUUUUAAAAGUUAAAUAGUGUUUAGGAAGUGGUAAUUUGUGUGUUACAUAUUAUUUAAAAAGAGCUAAAAUGUUGUCAUAAAUUGUCAACUUCAUCUCCCAUGCAGAAAUAUCAUUCAUUUAUCCAUUUAUUUAAGAAUGGAAAUGUUGGUUUUGUAAAUAAAUCUUUUUACAUGUCA